GUGUGUGUGUGUUCACUGUGUUGCGUCAAACCUGCUGCGAGGCGCGUCUAAAGGCGAGGUCAGGGAACAAGCUAUCAAAACGUAGAUUAGGGGGAAGAGUAAAACGCAGGUUACCCGAAAUGGCUACCUUUCUUGUCAUUAUUACGACAAUUCUUCUCACAUUUUGCAUAGUGUGGAUAUGCGGCCACUUACGAAAAAGGCGAAAAGGGGAGCCUCCAUUGAUUACUGGUUGGCUGCCAUUCAUUGGUGUCACAUUGGAUUAUGUUUCAAACCCUUUAGGCUUCUUAAGAGAGACUCAGAAAAAAUAUGGGAAUGUUUUCACAUGUAAGAUUGCUGGGAAGUACUUCACUUUUGUAACAGACCCUUUUUCUUUCUCCAUUGUGAUGCGGCAAAGCAAAAAUCUUGACUUUCAGAAGUUUGCUGUUGGUUUUUCACACCGGGUCUUUGGUCAUGCUGACUUUAGCUCUUCACUGUUCAGUGAGAGUUAUAGGGAAGUUCACAGCAUUUUUCGACAGACACUUCAAGGCCUGUCCCUGCAGCAGCUAACAGAGACCAUGCUAAGCAAUCUGCAGAUGGUUUUGGAACGUGGUCUACCAUAUGAGCAUGACUGGCUUGAAGAGGGUCUUCAGAGCUUCACAAACCGCAUCAUGUUUGAGGCAGGGUUUCUCACUCUGUUUGGAAAGGAUGCAGGGUUUCUACAGGCCGAUGGCACGUCAGGCACCAGAAUAUGGAUGCAGAAAGCGGUGCAAGACUUUUUGGCAUUUGAUCGUGCUUUCCCUUUACUGGCUGCAGGGGUUCCCAUUGGUCUGUGUGCUGAAGCAUGGCAAGCAAGGGAAGCCUUAGCAGAGGAACUGCUACAUGAUAAGCUUCAUCACCGGAAAUGCAUCUCAGAUCUGAUUCAGCGCAGAAUGGACGCAUUUGACCGCAUGCAUUUGGAUGAAACUGGAAAAGCAAGGACACAUGUGUGCAUGCUAUGGGCAUCACAGGCUAAUACUCUGCCAGCAGCUUUCUGGAGCCUGUACUACACAUUGAGGUCUGUUGAUGCUUUCACCGCUGCUUGCACAGAGGUCAAUAGGGUUUUUUCAGGUCAAUUAAUAAACAACCAGGACCAAACACUCUGCCUUUCUAGAGAGCAGCUGGACUCUAUGGCUGUAUUAGAAAGUAUUAUUGAAGAAGCCCUUCGGCUGUCUAGUGCCUCCAUGAUGAUACGUGUUGCCAGUAAUGACUUUACAUUGACACUGGAUUCAGGUCAGACAGCUGAUGUGAGAAAAGGAGAUUACAUUGCUCUUUACCCCCAACUUAUACACUUGGAUCCUGAAAUCUACCCAGAUCCUACAGAGUUCAAAUAUAACCGCUUCCUGGAUGAAAAAGGUCAACGAAAGAGUAAUUUCUUCAAAAAUGAGCGACGACUAAAGCAUUUCUUGAUGCCAUUUGGUUCUGGUGCUAGCGAGUGCCCUGGGCGUUUUUUUGCAGUACAUGAGAUUAAACAGUUCCUCGCACUGACACUGUGGCAUUAUGACCUACAGCUCAGAGAUCCUGAUGCCACUCUGGUUCCAGAUGGUACUCGUGCAGGCCUGGGUAUACUGCCACCAUCACGAGAUGUCCUUCUCAGAUACAGAAGGAAAACCAACACCACCACAGAACAGUUAAGAUAGGAAAUGGAAAGUAUAAGAUGCAAGAAAGAACAUGAAGAUCUUUGCCUAUAGGACAAGUGAAAUGGCAGUCUUUCUAGUUUCUAUAUGAUAAAUGAUGAUUUGAUUUGUUCUUAUUGGACUUUGUACGAUGGACUGAAAUCAAUGAAAAUGUAACAUUUCGCACAAAUGGGCUUAAUAAAUCAGCAACACAAUAGUAAACGGCUUAACAGCAACAAUA